AUGUCCGGUCUCGACGCCCCUGAAAUUGCCGCGGCCUACGAUGCCGUUCGCUCCGACAAGGACGAGACGAGCUGGCUCCUCAUCUCCUACGCCAGCGCCGUCGGCAACAAGAUGACCCUCACAAAGACGGGCACUGGCGGCCUGUCCGAGCUGGCCUCGGAGCUGGACGACUCACAGGUCCAGUACGCCUACGUCCGCGUCGAGUACGCCAACGACGUCGAGAGCAAGCGCGUCAAGUUCGCCUUUGUCAUUUGGAUCGGCCAGAACACAAAGAUUAUGCGCAAGGCCCGCGUCAGCAUCGAGAGCAGCGAGGUCAAGAGGGUGCUGCCGCACCACAGCAUAACGGUCAACGCCGAUCACAAGGGCGACUUGGACGAGGACGACAUUGUCAAGCGGUUGCGCAAGGCUGGCGGCGCUGACUACAACGGUGGACGCGGCUAG